GCUGAUUCCUUUACAUAACCUCAAAUAUUUUCGUAUUUUGCUUUUCAGUCUAGUUAAGUUUAAAAAGCAGACAUGGAAACAACAAAUUUAAAAUUACCAGCACGCGAAGGAAAAUAAUUAGAUUUUCCUGCCAAUGUUUUCGAAUAAAAUGAAGUGGUUCGAUACCAGCAACUGGCUAGUAUUGUCCCUGAUCCUGAGCAUUUUCGGCUUUUUAAAAGAAAUCCGGCCGUCCGAACCGUUCAUCUACGAAUUUCUGAUCGGAGAAUGGCGAAACCUCACAGAAGAACAGGUCAACCAGGAAGUUUAUCCUGUGGGCACCUACAGCUAUUUAGGUUUACUUGUAAUAGUGUUUCUUAUAACCGAUAUUUGUCGUUACAAGCCUUUGAUUGUGUGCUUGGGAUUGUCUGGGAUUGUGGUUUGGAGUAUGCUGUUGUGGACGAAUAGUCUGGUUGAAUUACAAAUUCUUGAGUUUUUCUAUGGUGCAUUUGCCGCUUGCGAAGUCGCCUACUUCACCUACAUUUACGCCAAAGUCGACAAGGAGUACUACCAACAAGUGACUUCUCAUACCAGAGCAGCUAUUCUAGCAGGAAGAUCGAUUUCGGGCAUUUUGGGCCAAAUUUUAAUAUCCUUCAGAUGGAUGGACUAUAGGCAAUUGAAUUAUAUUACUUUCACAGCUAUGAUUGCAGCUACGCUCUGGUGUCUAUUUCUACCGCCAGUAACCAAAUCUAUUUACUUUCACCAAGACUCCACCGGUCAAUUGUUGCUCAAAGACAAAACUAAGGCAGCUUUUAGACUUAUGUGGAGGCACUUAAGGAGUGCUUAUUCGAGCGUUUACAUAAUCAAAUGGUCUUUGUGGUGGUCGCUGGCUACUUGCGGUUUUAUACAAGUUCAAGUUUACAUGCAACCACUUUGGGUUGCUAUAGUCAACGACCCGAAUCAACCUGUUUAUAAUGGCGCAGUUGAAUCUAUUUUAACUGUGCUAGGGUUUCUAGGAGCUUUAGCUGCUGGGGUUUUGAAGGUGGAUUGGACAACCCGAGGAGAACUGGCUCUUACUUGUUGCUCACUUUUACAAGGUUUUAUGUUGCUCAUAGCUUCGCAAGCAGAACAAAUUAUAGCCAGCUACAUUUGUUAUGUCGCUUUUGGGGCCCUUUACCACCUUACAAUUACAGUAGCCAGUAGUGAAAUUGCUAAAAUGAUCGACGAAGAUAGUUAUGGUUUAGUUUUCGGACUGAACACGUUUUUCGCUUUGUUAUUUCAAACGAUUUUGACAAUGGUGGUGGUCACCAGCGGUAUCGGGUUCGCUUUGCCGCCCAAGAAACAGUAUUUUGUUUAUGGGGUUUUGCACGUGAUUCUAGGAUUUAUGUAUAUUAUAAUCGGGUUGGUGUGUUGGAUGAAAAGUAAGAGGGAUUAUAGGAGAGCCAGUACUGUACCUGAACCACCUUCGAGAACAGUGGGUACACUAGGAGUAUUAUAAGAUAGAAGUGUCACACAAAUAAAAAACGCACUUAUCUUUCAAGCAUUGACUCAAAAGUAUCAGUAUUUUGAAUUGAGCGCACAAUAUUCUGUAAGAUUCUAUAAAUUUGGCUGUGAGUUAGUAGUUAGUAAGUUAUUAAAACUACAAUAAAAAUUUAAAAAAAAAUCUAUUUUUUCAAAACCCCUUUGUUCCUCAAAUACUUGACAAUAAACGGCACAGAGCCCAAAGUUAUUGUUAUCCUAACUGGAGCAAACACUUUAUGUAUAGCGUAAGCCACUGCGAAGGUUCCAGCAUUUGAAACAAGCAUAGUAUUGCCUUUGACAUACUCUUGCAGUUUUAAGGUGGUUAGUAAUUGUUCCACAUCCAAGCCUGUUGAAACUAAGGCAUAAGAAGUGCCCAGGGACAUUAGUGAGAUGCCUACGUGGAAAACUAUGACUGUGGUUCCGUAUUCUGUUACAGCUUUUUUAAGUUUUUGAGCAUUGCUUAAUGAGACAGUGGCUUCAUCUUUGAUUGAAGAACUGGAGUGUCUUGUUUGGGUUGCCGCUGCCAGGCAUACUCUAUGAAUCUGUAUACCUGAAACAAGCCUAAUUUAUAAUUUAUACUUUUUUUUUAAUGAAGUGGGGCUUACAAUUUUUUGCUGCAUGAAGUGAUGGCCUUAGAAAAUACAUUUUGAUUAAUUAUUAUUAUAAAUAUUUACAAAUUGAUUUUCUAGUUAUAAGUUUUCUUCUUGGCUGGCCCAUUAAUGUUUCUGGUAAUAGUAAUUAGAAAAUAAUUAUUAAAACAUUUUUGAUUUGAGUACAAAGUUUGAAUGAAAGUUUGUUUACAAAUUGAUUGUCAAAGUCAGCUGGCGCACUAGGGGCUUUCGGAAAUCAUGACCCCAGAUCAGUUGGGUUUUAACUGUUCACUCCGAGCUUUGAUUAAAUUGAUACAUGAACAUUAUUUGCUUUUUUUUAGGCAUAUUUUUGUUUAUAUAGUUCCGUUUAUUUUGAAUUGGGAACUGUUUCCUCCACUCUAGAGUCUCUA